AUGUGGUUGCGUGCUCUUCUUACAGGAUGUGGUGCCGGCGCCGACGAGGUCAACAAAUAUGGCACCCAUAGCUGCAAGGCCACUACUUUGAGCUGGGCAGCUAAAGCAGGUAUGGGCCGCGUCACGCGUGCGACUUUGGGUUAUCACAGCAAAGGACGGGACGGUGCUGAGUUGGUGUAUGGCCGUGACAAUGUAGCAGGGCCGUUGAGAUUGCUGGAAGAACUCAUUGGGAAAAUUGCUUGCAAGUCAUUCCUACCUGAUGCUAGCAGGUCUGGGUAUUUCGCCAAGGCCGUUACUGAAGAGCAUGCUCAUGAAGGCGAACAUGCUGAGGACGAGCAGGACGUGUCGAGCUCAGAAGACAGUGUUGACGAAGAGAGACCUGAUCAUGAGCAUGAGGAGGCGGCCGUUGGUGAAGUGGUAGGCGAACUUGAACUGCCUUUGGAGGGAUAUUACGAUUUCAGCUCGGAGAUGCUCUUCCGCCACUCUGUUUCCAGAGUUAUUCAUCGCGUCGAGGAUGAGGCUGGAGACAGAUUCGCCUGCGGCAGAUUUGGCAGCGAUGCAUACAUCCACAGGCUGAAAGCAGCAGGCUUGGAAGAUGAUCUGGUUGAUAUCAUCAAGCUAGGCGGGAUUGUCAAUUUGUCUCGCUUGGCAUUUGUCUCAGCAUACACUCCUGGUGCAGCAGAUGAAGGCCCUCUCAUGGAAGCAUUUGAGAGCCUCAUCGGACGGCCGGGUACAGUAGCUGAAAAAGCGUGCUUCAGGCGAGUUUUUCACGAGGCCUAUGCUGCUGCCACAAGUGAGAUGAGACAACAGAUGGAGAAGAUUGAGGAUCAAACUUCUCGGCGUUUGACUCAACCUGAACGAACGGAACGGUAUCGAGCCCAGGUCGAUAGGCUUCCUGGCGUCUCGAUUACUGGAGCAAAUGAACCUUCAGACUCGCUGGUGGAUGUCACCACCAGCAUGUAUGAGGAGAAUCGUCUCAGGUGGAUAGACUGGUCCAGAUGCACAUCCCGCGAACAGGAGUUGCAAGGCGACCCAAAGAAGGAUGUGUCGUUUUCUUUAGAUUCUUCUACAGGCAGGCUGAAAGUCGAGCCCAAAAGAGAUUGCGACCGAGCUGACACGAGCACUGAGGUGAUGCUGAUGUACGCGUUGACCCGGAGAGCCUUGGCGGUGGAACAGGCAAACAUAUGCAGUUAUGCUAAGAUGAUGCUCUGGACUCAGCGCCUCAUGAAGAGCAGGAUGGAUGAACCACCUCUCGGAUAUGCGCGACCUAGCAUGAAGCAGUUGAUGAUGGCAGAUCAGAAGUUGUUCAUGGAACUUGCUGAUGCCACCAGAGAUGGCAUCCAAUCCACUCCAGAAGGACGCCCAGUUGAGCUCUUGAUGGAUCGAAUCAUGUACUCGUCCCAGGUCAUGUGCGUGCUCAACCCUUUGCCUUUGAUGUCGCAUGGCAAAUCUGAGAGCUCCGGGGCAUCCGCCACCAAGCCGAAAGAGGGCCCGUAUGUCCGCAGUGGCCCAAAGGGCCGCUCCAAAGGAAAGUCUGGCGGAAAGUUUGUGCGGAUGCCUCAGCAGCUCAUUGGGUGCAAGGCUUUCACAAAUUCGGGAGAGCCGAUCUGUUACAACUUCAAUUUGAAGUCGUGCAGUGAGAAGGAGUUGGAGAAGGCGGAGCUCGAAAUACAUGCAAAUAUGCCGGCUCACAUGCAGACGGUGAUGGAGGGCAAGAAGCUGCUGUUGUUGGAGAGGAUAAGAUGCUCGGCGGACCAGGAGCAUGAAUCUGCUAUAUGGGACAUCACCAUGGAAGAGUGCCACACCAAAGGCUGGCUGGAUGGACCAUACAACUGGGCAGAACUUGGGAACAAGUUUGGGCAUCGGUGGCUUCCGUGCAAACGUUUUGGAGUAUGGCAGCGAAAUAAGUGGAGACCAAUUGACGACUUCAGUGACAACGGAGUCAACAGUUGCUACAGCGUUGUGGAGAAGAUCGAUCUGAGAGCGCUGGAUGAGACCGUUUGGGUGUGCGCUGCUUUCCUUCGUUCAACUCUGGCCACAGGGGCGGUUGACUUUGAGCUGUCGGAUGGAACCAAGAUCAGGGGCAAGGUGCGCACCUUCUGGAGGAGAAAGACUGGUGCAGCAGAUGUGAAGAUCAAGACCGUGGACCUGGCCUCGGCCUACAAACAGCUGGGCUUGUCCGAAAUAGACAGGCACAGAUUUUGGGACGUCAAGGGCGUCUUGCGCUGGCAGAUAUUCGCAACCUUGAGAGACGCCAGGCCAGAGAGGUAG